UCAAGAUCAUUUUCUUUAUUCUUAAAUUUUUAAAUUCCUGCUUCUUAUUUGCUGUUAGUGUUUACACAAUUUAUUUUGAGUAAGUCAUCUUACUUCACUUUUUUCAGGCAUGAUGAAGAACCUCAGCAUUGCUACCCUAGUUACAAGUCUUGUCUUCACUGGAAUAAUGGCAGAGCCAUCAAGAGAAAGCAGCAUUUUCUCCAAUUCUGAGGACCAAUGGAAUGAGUAUCUUCUGACAAAUUGUUCUUUUACUGAAGAACAUUUUCCACCUCCUGAUGAAUCAGAGAUAGUAGCCACAGUGGAUGUGAGCUUCCAUUUCCUUAAAGUUCUCUUCCACUCUCCUACAAAACAAGGACAGGAAAUAGAGCAUUUGGACCCCAGUAAUGAUAUCAUAUGGAAAAUAAUCUCAUGCCCUCUUGAGCAUGUACAUGCUUUGGAAAUAUUAAACCUCAGUGACAGUGUAAUCCACUCUAUCUCAUUGGAUCUGCCAGGACCUCACUCCUCACAGCUGAGACUACAUAGAAGCAGCCUUCAACAUGAGCUUCCAUUUCUAAAGGUGCUCAGUCUUCAAAGAAAUAAACUCAGAGAUAUACCCACGGGUCUGUGGAAACUGAAGUCAUUGCAGAGUUUGGAUCUGUCCUUCAAUGGAAUACUGCAAGUUGGGGUUUCUGAUUUUCAUAGCUGCCUGCAACUGGAGCACAUCUAUUUAAAGAGUAACAAGAUAUUCAAAAUCCACCCAGAAGCCUUCAAGGACCUCAAAAAAUUAAAGGUGGUAGACCUCAGCAACAAUGCUCUGACCACCAUCCUACCAGUGAUGAUCAUUGCUCUAGAAUUUCCCCAUCUGGAGGUCAACGUGGCUGAUAACAAAUGGCAGUGUGAUGAUAGCUUCACAGUCUUCCAAAGCUGCAUUUCUGAAUCUUGGAGGAAAACAUGGGAUGUAAUUUGCAACAAGUCUAUAGGCAAUGAGGACUCAUAUUCAGAGAUUCCCAAAAGCAGAACAUUCAGGGAGAUACACCUUUCUCACAUAAAUCAAAAUCCUGUGAAAAGCCUCAUAAGGAGCAAAGCAGAGAGGCCUGGGGAAGGAAUGUAUCUGCGCGUUUCCCCUCUGAUGAAGGAUGCACCUGUGGACUCUGAUCUGCGGGAGAAGCAGACACUGUGGCCAAGAGGGAUCAGAAACACCUGGAAUGUGCGGGCCACUGGUGAAGAGGAUAAUGACAAUACCCCAGACCUUGCCCUGGCUGUCUGUCUCUCAGUGUUCAUCACAUUUAUCUUAGCUUUCUGCUUGGGGUUUUUCAUCAGACCCUGUAUUGACAGACUGUGGGCACAAAGAUGCACUAAAAGUCCUAGCUCCAACAACACCUACUCAAAUGAGGGAUUCUAUGAUGAAAUCGAAGCUUCAAGCAGCACACGGCACCCAAGGAAAGAUCUGCACCCAGCUUUCCAUCAGAACCUCUGUAAGAAUCAGAACCCUUCCCAGGUGACACUGCCAACCUCACACACUACUAUCAUUCCUGAUGGGACUCUGGGAAAUGGCAGAAAAGAGCCUGGAAGAUGGCAGAGCACAGAACAAUGUGGGAACAAGGCAGGAAGUAGAAGUGUCAGUAUGCUUCCAAAUGGCCAGGCAGACCUUUCCCCUCUCUGCAGGCAUCCAAAGAUUGAUCAUCACCAACUGAUUUCCUCAGCACAGGAUCACAUUUAUAGGAAUGAUAUGAUCUGGGAAUCAGAUUAUGACACUGUGGCCCAGGAAUAUUCUCCUCCUGAGCAUUCAGUGAAUGUAUCUCCCAUGGCUGGCACAUUUGGAACUGUCUCUGGCACAAUCCAUCACAACUUGAAAGAAUUAGACCUAAGAAAAGUAGCAGAUUCUCCCUCCAGAAUAGCAACAAAUGAAAGGACACAGGGAUCUGGAGAGAGUAAAAAAAGGUGUCUUGAACAGCUGUCUGUGGAGACCACUGGCCCACACAUGGAAUGUUCUAAGGAAAUACAGGUGAACAAUUUUAUCAGCUUGCCUUACACACAGCAUCCAGGACUCCUUGGGGCCAACACUGAGAAAGAACUCCCAGACCUCUGCAGUGCAGAUAUAUACAGUGAACCAGAAAAUGGAGAACCAUCCACCCUUCUGCCAAGAUGGCGCAGUGGCCUGCAGGACAUUCCUGCUCCUGAUGAGCCCGUGCAAAAAGAUGUCCCUUUUGGCCUUCAGUAUGGCUUGGAAUCUGACUACGAUUCAGAUGAAGGGUCUUUGUUUACUCUCAGUUCAGAGGGUUCAGAGGAUACAAGGAAUGUGACUAAAGAAGAGGAACAUGGUGAGGGCAGUGGUGGGGCCAGCCAGCCUCUGCAGAUCGAGGACUCAGAGGAACACAAGGACAAUGUGACUUCAGUGGAACAUCUCGAAGACAGCAUCACCUUCCAAAAGAUUCUGGAGAAGUAUGAAACGGAGGAAGACCACUUUGGAAAGCCUCCAAUUUCUAGGGCAGACUCUGGUUUGUGUGAAGCACAUCUGCAAAGUGCCUCUAACAUCAGUGUAUCUGAGGAUGCAUUGAUCUGGCCCAGGUCACUGGACAAUCCACCUCUAAGUGAUGAAAUUGGUGUGUUUACUUGUGAUUAUGACAGAGUUCUUCAGCCUGGAGCAGUGGAAUGGCAAUGCUCACUUAGAGACCUGCAGUUUUCAAAUGUGGACAAUUUAUCACCGACACCACCACCUUCUACUGAUGAUCCCAAGGAACCUGCUAUGGAAAGGACUUAGACAUUUCAAGGAACAGACACAUCUCAAAAAGAUAUUCCUUCAAGGUCAGAGCAGGGGAAGACUUUAAGACCUCCACAGCAAGAUUCUCAAGGGAGUGACCUAGGUCCCAACCAGAUAGACACUGAUAUAAAUGAGGUGUCUAUAUGCUCACCAGAGGACUAUGAUUCUAGAAAGUGUUACAGUCUCUGGUGAUAAGCAAGCCCUCGGUUAAAAAAAAGGACAAUAUUUUGAAGAUAGUUUUAAGGACUAAAUGCUAUUAUUAUUAUAAGAGUUUCCAGAUAAAUGCAGUUCAUUAAGAACACAGAACAAUUCCAGCCAAAUAGAGCAGGUUGAAUAUUCAGGGGGAGAAUCUGUUACAAGUAGAAAGAAAAGGAUUCUAACUUUCAUGCUCAAACACAGACCCAGAGAUGGGAUGGGAGGUGAAUGUGAGUGUCUGUUAAGAGCAACUCCACUGUGACAAAAGACAGGGACAUUCAUCUUGAGAACCAAAGAACGUCUUGGUAAUCAUUGGAGCACUUAUUUGUGAAUGCUGAACAGAAACAAAUUCUUCACGAAGAUUACAAUGUUUUGGGAGAUCAAUUAUGACACUACAAAAUUAAGAUCAAUUCUAAGUAUUUUUAAUAAUUUAUGUUAAAAGAGUGGCCAUUUCCUAGAACAAAAUGUAGAUUAAAAAAUCAGUCUUCGCCGGGUGCUGGUCGUUCACGCCUGUAAUCCUAGCUACUCAGGAGGCUGAGAUCUGAGGAUCGAGGUUC